AUGAAGAUACAGUGUGAUGUAUGUGAGAAAGCUCCGGCUACACUGAUAUGUUGUGCUGAUGAAGCUGCUUUGUGCGCUGGUUGCGACGUUGAGGUUCACGCAGCUAAUAAGCUCGCUAGCAAACACCAACGCCUUUUUCUUGACUCUCUCUCCACCAAGUUCCCUCCAUGCGACAUCUGCCUUGAGAAGGCAGCUUUCAUAUUCUGUGUUGAGGAUAGAGCUCUUCUCUGCAGAGACUGUGAUGAGGCCACCCAUGCGCCUAAUACUCGCUCUGCUAAUCACCAGAGGUUCUUGGCUACUGGAAUCCGAGUGGCUCUGAGUUCCUCUGGUUGCAGUAAAGAAGUAGAGAUGAAUCAUUUCGACCCACCUAACCAGCAGAUUCUCUCUAAACCUCCAACACAACAGUCUACUGUUCCAUCUCCUCCAUGGGCUGGCGAUGAAUACUUCCGCUACUCUGAUCUUGAGUGCAGUAAUAAGAAAGAGCAGCUCGAUCUUGGUGAGCUGAACUGGCUGGCAGAGAUGGGUUUGUUUGGGGAACAACCUGAUCAAGAAGCUCUACCUGCAGCUGAAGUUCCCGAGCUUUCGGUUUCGAAUUUGGCUCAAGUUCAUUCUUACAAUAGACCCAUGAAGUCAUCCAAUGUUUCCAACAAGAAGCCAAGGCUUGAGAUUCGGUAUGAUGAUGAUGAGGAUGAAGAGCACUUCCUUGUCCCUGACCUAGGCUAA